UUUCCUUUACCAAACUCAAAUCGCACAUUUGCAAAAACAAUAACAUAAUAUACACUCGAGUAUACAUACUCAUUAAUAUAUAAAGCUUCUCUGUAACAAAAUAAUACAGAAAAUUAUGCCGUUAUUUUUCCCAAUGUGCGAUAUUUUUAUUUUUCUUUUCAACUUUUUAUUAAAAAGAAACAACAAUUUUCAAAUUGUAAAAAUUAUUCAAAAAUUUGUUAGCAUAUUAAUACAGCUUUCCAAAAAAGCACAUUUCACCUAUCUUUAUAUAAUCUCAUCUAAUUAUGUACAUUUAUUUCUUUCAGAAUGAGUAAACUCCAAGAAAGUGAUUUUUGUGAUUUAUACAUAAAAAAAAACAAAAGAUCCUUAAUGUGGAAGUAUGUGGGGCAAAAGAAAGGUGACCCCAUGGAAGAUAUAUAUUUUUGCUUGCUGUGCGUGAGAGAAAACAAGAAAAAAUGCUGGAGAAAAAGUGGUAACAGGAACUCUUGCCUCAAAAAACAUUUGCUAACAGCACAUAAUAUUAAUUUAAAUGUUGUUGAUGCCUCCACAUUUAACGACACAAUCGAAGAAGAUUUGGGCGAAUUUGCCAAUGUGCUUCUUAAUUCUCCAACUCUUUCACCCCAUUACCCAAAUACUCCUGAAAUGCCACGAAAAAUAAACUUAAGUAAGACUCCCUCACCAAAAGUGGCACAGAUUGUUCCAGUGCCACAAACGCCAGAACAACUCCCACAACAAUAUGAAAAGAGGCAAGUCCACUCCUUAGCGCCAAUAUCGAUUGAAAGCUCACGAAGUAAAGAGGAUAAAAUAUUAAGAAUCAAAAAAUUCGGAGAGUACAUGGUCGAGACAAUGAUUGCGAAAGAUAUACCUGAGGCAAAACAAAUAAAAUUAGAAUGUUCAAUUUUGAAACAAAUACUCCUAAUAACAUAG